CCAUCAUGCGGUCGGCGGCCGAACUGACCAGCUUCAGCACGGACAAGCACCUGGAGAUUCAGAAGCGCGUCAAUGGCAGCAUCUCGGCCAUCACCACGGACGGCGAGUACCGCGAGUUCACCGACCGCCACAAAUCUCAGCCGCCGCCGCCCGUCAGCUUCCUCUUCGACUACCAGAUGAUGGAGGAGUACUCGGGCCGCCUGAAGCCCGAGGCGCUGGCCGUCGACGAUCUGACGAUCGGAAACCUGAGGAUGCGACUGGCCGAUCUGGAGAGCCGACUGGCGGACGUGCGGAACGUGCUGGCCGAGAAGAGGAAGCAGCUGAGUCAGCACGACGCCGAGGUCGAGAGUCUGAAGAAACAGCAGGACAGCGUCAACCGGCUGUUUGUCAUUCGUCGAGCCAGUGAGAUCCUGCGAAAGGACAUCCGCGAGACCCAGUGCACCGAGCAGAAGCUGCAAAAGCUCAUCAAGCUGAUCAGGACGCCGCUGGACGAGCUCGGUGGCGGCGAGGCGCCCAAGGCGGUGGAGGAGCUCGGCGAGAUGUCGCCGCAGCCGGACCGCCCGCUGGUGGACGAGGACUGGUUCCACGGCGUGUUGCCCCGCGAGGAGGUGGUCCGCCUGCUGGUCAACGACGGCGACUACCUGGUGCGCCAGACCACGCGCAACGAGGAGACCCAGGUGGUGCUCUCGGUGGCCUGGGGCGGCCACAAACAUUUCAUCGUGCAAACCACCUCGGACGGCCAGUUCCGGUUCGAGGGGCCGUCGUUCCCCAGCAUCCAGGAGCUGAUCGCGUACCAGCACGAGUGCGGCCUGGCCGUGACCAACAAGUCGGGCGCCGUGCUGCGGCAGGCCAUACUGCGCGAGCGCUGGGAGCUCAACAACGACGACGUCGAGCUCAUCGACAAGAUCGGACGGGGUAACUUCGGCGACGUGUACAAGGCGCGACUGCACCUGACCAGCGAGCUGGUGGCCGUCAAGACGUGCAAGGUGACGCUGCCCGACGAGCAGAAGCGCAAGUUCCUGCAGGAGGGCCGCAUCCUCAAGCAGUACGACCACCCCAACAUCGUGCGCUUCAUCGGCAUCGCAGUGCAGAAGCAGCCCAUCAUGAUCGUCAUGGAGCUGGUGCCGGGCGGCUCGCUGCUCAGCUACCUGCGGAGUAAGCAGCUGGGGAGCGCGCUGGACGUGGGCGCGCAGUUGGCCAUGUGCAGGGACACGGCAGCCGGCAUGGCCUACCUCGAGGGAAAGAACUGCAUCCACCGCGACCUGGCCGCCAGGAACUGCCUCGUCGGCAUGCACAACAUGGUGAAGAUAUCCGACUUCGGCAUGUCCCGCGAGGAGGAGGAGUACAUCGUCUCGGACGGCAUGAAGCAGAUCCCCAUCAAGUGGACCGCCCCGGAGGCGCUCAACUACGGCAAGUACACCUCGCUCUGCGACGUGUGGAGCUACGGCAUACUCAGCUGGGAGAUCUUCAGUCGCGGCCAGUCGCCCUACAGCGGGCUCUCCAACACCAAGGCGCGCGAGAUGAUCGACUCAGGGUACCGGAUGCCGGCGCCAGAUGGCACUCCGGACGCCAUGUACAAGCUGAUGCUGCGCUGCUGGGAGUACCAGCCGGAGAACCGGCCGCACUUCGCCGAGAUCUUCACGCAGGUCAACGGCCUGUUCAUGGGCGUGGCCGGGCCGGACGUGCUGCACAACUGACCGUGCCUGGCCUGACCUGACCUGACCUGGAUCGGACGGACCUGAUCUGGUCUUCUCACCGAAGGAGGCCCGGCCCGCGCACAGCAGACGGGAAGACCAGGGCGGAGCCCACUGUGUCGGCGUCAGUAACGGCCGGAGCUGCCAGCGGUCAUCAGUGGCGGCGCUGCGGUGCCUUCACGCUCCCGCGGUCGGGGACGUGGUGCCGGCAGGUCCCUGUGACCAGACGCAGUGCCUCUGUGCUGUGACGCUCCUGAGACCGGCGGCAGACUCACGGCGCCCGGCCUCCGUGGGUGCGGCUAUGGGGCGCUCGCACUGUCCUGCCCGGCGGACGGUCCCGGGCCGUCGCAGAGACAGCCCAGUGCGCUGACUAGACUGCCAGUGCGGAGUUGGGCUGAGGUGUGCAGUUCGCUCGUUUUAUUUACCUUGGCGCUCGGAGGCGAUGCCUAGUCGACCGUUGGUAGCAUUUGCGGUGUGGCUGUUUGUUCUGAGUGGCGCGUUUUGUUUACGUUUUGAUAUGUUUACGCUGCUUUUAUUUGUUCAGUGCGACAGUUGUGUGGUGCGCUUACGGGCGGCAUGUGCGCAUAGUUUAUCGAGGCAUGUUGUGCCAUAGGAUCAGCUGAGCGUCGGUGGAGUGGCAAUCUGUGAGAAUUCUACAUCGAAUUAUAUCUACCUAACUGUGCAUAAUGUAAGGCUUUAACGGCUCCAUAUCUAGUGGACGCUACCCACUGCGCAAUAUAGCUGCCUUAACGAACGCGUUACGGUCCGUUCACCCGUUUUCAUGAGCUGUUUUUGACGAGUGUUGAAACCGGUGACGUCAUAAGAGGGAGGAAACAACAUGGCGUGUGUGGAGCGGCGAUAGCUGUUGAAAACUAUGCCACAUUCGCAUUCGGCAAGAAACAUGCGUUGGCAGAUGUGCACCCGACCUCCGUGAAACAACGUCCGUGUGGACAAACAGGUGGACAUGCGUUUAUGGAGUGGGGAUCACCCGCCGUAUCACGUAUGGCCUGUGAUGUGAGGUGAACUCUGACCAGUGAAUCUCCUUAGGCCCGCCUCCGCUGAACAGUUCGCGUUAUGAGGCCCGAAUCUCCCGAGCGCUGGCUGCAGUCUCGUUAGGCCCAUCGUUAGGCCUACCUCCGCAGGACAGAUCAUGUCGUGAGGCCCGAAUCUCCCGAACGUUGGCUGCAGUCUCGUUAGGCCCACCUCUGCAGGACAGAUCAUGUCGUGAGGCCCGAAUCUCCCGAACGUUGGCUGCAGUCUCGUCAGCCCCGCAAUCUCCGCAUAAACAUCACGUGUUUUGGGUGUUACAGGGUGUGUAUGUGUCUGUGCAGCUUUUGAAUAUAUUUUUGAGCCGUG